CUUCUGGCAUUUGACCCCCCUCCCCCCAACCCCCACCUCGAAUAGGACCGCGAGCACAGCCUACUUAGCUGAAGGGCGGCUGUACCCGGAGCCGGCUGGCCGAGGGCGGGUUGUCGGGCGCUGUGAGAGGGAGGCUCUGCUCCCUGGCUCCAGGCCCGGCCCAGUAGUAGCACGGAAGGACGGACGGACUGACGGAAGGACGGACUGAGGGAGGAUGAGCGGCGGGAGGCGGAAGGAGGAGCCGCCGCAGCCGCACCUGGCCAACGGCGCCCCGAAGGGCUCGGCCUGGAGCAAAGCGCUGCGGAGCGACGCGGCCUGGGAGGACAAGGAUGAGUUUUUAGAUGUGAUCUACUGGUUCCGACAGAUCAUUGCAGUCGUCCUGGGCGUCAUUUGGGGAGUGGUGCCACUGAAGGGCUUCGUGGGAAUAGCAGUAUUCUGCCUGAUCAAUGCUGGAAUCUUAUACCUCUACUUCAGCAGCUUCCAACAAAUUGAUGAGGAAGAUUAUGGUGGGACGUGGGAGCUCACAAAAGAAGGCUUUAUGACGUCUUUUGCACUGUUUAUGGUUGUUUGGAUCAUCUUUUACACUGCCAUCCACUACGACUGACAGGCUACAGCCCAUAUCUGCUAGCACUGUUCACUCAAAAAGACAUUCUAAUCACAGGCCAGAAAUGUGCCAGUGGUCAGGGGCAUUUCGGCCACAGGGAGACUGUGAUGCCCCAUUCUCCCAAACUGAGAAUCAGCGUGUUGGUCACCAGUGUUUUAUACCAGUCGUGUCUUGGAACUUUUAAACAAGCCAUCCCUGUUUUGAAAGCAUUACUGAACUGUUCCAUCACGACCAUUUUCCAUGCCUUUACUGACUACCCAUCAUUAAUACCUGUUGGCUGAAUGGAUCUAGUAAUUUCUUUUACCUUAGGAUCCGAAUGAAAUGUUCAAUUGUCUCGUCUUCCUCGGCUGUCCAUCAGGCACACGAUUUUAAAGAUAUCAAUGGCAUUUUAUGGUGUUUUGAGUUGUUUUUAGAUAAAGCAUGGCAGAAUGUGCGUGGUUCAUAAUACAGCACAUGUCUAAUAAUAGUUUCCAUUGUAGAAUGUUUUAAGAUAACUUGAAUAAAUCGGAUCUUGUUAACAGA